GAGUGUUAAAUCAGUUGUCGUACUUCAGGGGCGUUUAUCGAAUAUAUAGAAGAGAAAAUAUUAAUCAGACUUUUGGAUGUUAUGCUUUCAGUAUUACAGGUUUGCAAUAGGAGUCACCCACCAUUUAGGGGCAAAAUUUCUAUAAUCAUACAAAAAUUCCCGCCCUGACCUGUUUAUUUACAUAUUUUAAACUUGUUUAUCUUUUUUAAAUAAUUUUUACAGCUCUGAUGGUUUUGCUAUCGCAUUUUAACGAAAAUAAUGGAGGUGAAACAGGAACGCAAUGAUGAAGAGGUGGUUAAAAUAGAACCAGGAGAACCUGAAAGCGUUGUUGUUAAUCCGCCGUCUGAUUAUGAAAUUUUAAGACCAGUUCCGGACUCGGAUACUCCCGUAUUCGUAAAGAAUUUCACAAAAAAUAGUGAUGGGACUAUCGAAAUUACAUCUGAAGAAGGUGUAGGAUACACAUACAUAAUUGAAAAUCCUGAAGACUUUGAGGGAACAGAAUUUGAGCUAGGCGAUGGCGAACACUAUAUAAUUGAAGAAUAUCAUGGUGAUUAUGAUGAGGCUGCUGAGGAUGGAGAAUAUGAAACUGUUUAUAUUCAACAUGUUGAAGAUUCUCAAGAGGAAACAACUGAAGUUUAUGCUAUAGCACAAGAAGAUCUAAUAGAGGAGCAUGUAAGUGAGACAACACCAGAAGAAUAUAAUGAUCAUGAUGCAGAUGUUCAUGACAUCAAACCAGUUGUAAACGAUGAAGGUAAUGAUAAAAAUGAUAGUGAGCAGGAAGAACAGUCCCCUGCAGACAAUGAAAAUGUUGAUGAAAAUCUAUUUGUUACUGAGUCUGAGGAACAGGAAACAGUUGACCCCCUUGAGCCAAUGGAAGUUGAUGAUAAACAUGAUGAAAAUGAUCCUGAUUGGACAGAGGGCAAAAAAAGUGAAAAGGAUAAUAUAGCACUAAUGUAUGAGUGUAGAAUGUGUGCAAAAGCUUUUAAGACACCUUCGGGUGUGAAAAGACAUAUUACAGUUGUCCAUUGGAGGAAUGAAGACAAUGAUACAGAAAAUAGUGAUGCACUAGCGUUUUCAUUGUGUCCGUGUUGUGGCGAACCUUCAGAUUCUGCACAUACUUUAGGCGACAUCCAGUGUAAGCAAUGUGAUAAGCUCUUCCUUCAAGAGACUUCUCUAGAAAGACAUAUAAGUAUUGACCAUCCAACGGGAGACGCUUUUGAAUGCUAUGAUUGCAAAAAAAGCUUUAAAAGUAGAGAAUUGUUAAUUGAUCACAUGCGUGUACAUCCAUUUAAGGGUGUCAAAUGUGAGGGUUGCAAUAGAGAAUUUACUAGAAAAUUUCACUUGGAUCGUCAUAUAAUGCAGACAGGCUGUACAGGCGUUCCCAAAUCUGUCUAUGAAUGCAGGGUUUGCAAGAGAAAUUUUACCCGCAAAGAUAACUUGGCUGAGCAUCUGAAAGUGCAUGCCGGCAUCCGAAUUAAAAAAAAGAAAAAAAAAUACAUUUGUGAAUUUUGCACGAAGGAGUUUAGUAGUGCGGCCUUGCUUAAUAUUCACGUUAGAACUCAUACAGGGGAAAGGCCAUAUGGCUGCGACCUAUGCGACCGCUGGUUUCCAUCUAGCGGUGCCAUGAAGAAGCAUCGAAGAAUGCACACAGGAGAAAGACCGUAUACUUGUGAACAGUGUGGCAAAAAGUUUUCUGCUAAAGAAACACUAAACAGACAUUGGAAAGUCCAUACAGGUGAAAAACCUCACCAGUGCAAGUAUUGUGGAAAGGCGUUUAUUCAAGCUGCGCAACUGCGAGCUCACGUCUUCCAUCACACUGGAGAGACCGCUUAUACUUGUCCCCAUUGCAACAGAGCUUUUACGAGGAAUUUGAGGCUUACAACUCAUAUCAAGUAUAUGCAUGAAGGGGCAGAGCCUUUACCUUGCGAGGAACCAUCUUGCACCAAGACAUUUUUUAGGAAAGAAGAUGUACAAAGGCAUAUGUUGACACAUUCAGGAAAUAAACCUUUUGAGUGUAAGAUAUGUCAGAAAAAGUUUGUGGUAAAGUCAUCUUUGAGGAUCCAUGAAAUGACUCAUCGGACUGAGCCUCCAGUCAGCUGUGAAGUAUGCAGAAGAGCUUUUAUAAGACAGGACUGCCUUAUGAGGCACAUGAGAUCUAAACACAGGGAUGUUCUGGAAGACAUUUUAGCAAAUGCAGAAAAAAAGAGACUACAACAGACACUUCUGAGGGUUGUAGGAACUAAUAAACUCCAAAAUUCUGUCCAAGAUACUAUAGUUUGGACUGAACUCACAUUAACAGAAUCCAUAAAGGAAUUGCUUACUCUAUUGGUUGAUGAGGACUGUUUGAACGAAUUUGGCCAUCCAGAGGCUCCAGUGGAUAAAGUUCUGGACUCUGUGAUCAGAAGAUGUGGCCAUAUGCCUGCCUCAGAUGAAGAUUUUGAUUAUAUAGGAAAACUGAGAGAAAAUGCUAAAUUAUUGUUCACUGUGGUUAUUGACGACGAUGGUGUCAAAGAACUGCUAGACAACUUGACAGUAGACGAAGUCAUAGUUUAUGUAUUGAAAUUGGCCAGAAAACAAGCAAAUGAGCGAGAUGAAUAUAAGCAAAAAGUAGGUGGUGGUGAUCUGACCAAAUUCGAAGAUGGAGAGAGUGAGGCAAUUGAAGAAAAUACUGAUAGAAUUGAUGAAGAAUAUGAAGUUGAUAACCCAGGAAAUGAAGAGGAAGAAGUGGAUUAGUUUUUACAAAAUAAACUGUUAUUUAAAUAUUUUUUAGCCUUUUUGGAUUUUGUAAAUAGACAUGUUUAAAUAAAGUAAGAAUAAAAUGUAUUUUUUGUAGA